UAAAAUUUAAGUCAAAACAAAUAGAAAAUAUUGCUUUACCGGCUUUAUUACAUUUAGUGACAUUGUUUUUCAAUAACUUAUUAUAUCUUUAUUUUCUACUCAUGCUGACUGCUAUUGCGUCACGGUUAAAAUUUACAUACAUUAAACAAGUAUCUAUAUCGUGGUCUGGAAGUUUGAAAGUCAAGACAUCCAAAAUGGAAGCUUUAGAGUUAGUUUCGUCAAACAAGAUAUUCGGGGGCUUCCAAAAGGUGUACUCCCAUGAGUCAUCUGAACUAAAAUGUAAGAUGAACUUCUCAGUAUACCUGCCACCUCAAGCUGAGGGUGGUGAUGUCAAGCUACCUGUCAUAUUCUAUCUAUCGGGUCUCACAUGCAAUGAACAGAACUUCAUUACUAAAUCAGGAUUUCAAAGGUAUGCAGCAGAGCAUGGUAUCAUUGUUGUGGGUCCGGACACAUCCCCUAGAGGAGUCAAAAUCCCUGGCGAUGAUGAAUCCUGGGACUUUGGUGUUGCUGCAGGGUUCUACCUUGAUGCCACAAAUGAACCAUGGGCGAAAAAUUACAGAAUGGGUAGUUACGUAAAUAAAGAGCUUUAUGACCUGAUUCUGCAAGCCUUUGGAAAUGUGGUUGAUGGAGAAAGAAUAGGUAUUAUGGGACACAGCAUGGGUGGUCAUGGUGCUUUAGUAUCUACCCUCCGAAACCCUGGUUUGUACAAGUCAGUAAGUGCAUUUGCACCUAUCUGCAACCCUACGGCAUGCCCAUGGGGAGUAAAAGCCUUUAGUGGGUACUUGGGUGAAGAUAAAUGCAAAUGGGUGGAAUGGGAUGCUACAGAGCUGGUCAAGAAAUAUGACGGACCUCCACUAACCUUGCUUAUUGACCAGGGAGCUGGUGACAGCUUUUAUAUUCAAAAGCAGCUGCUGCCUGAGAAUCUAGUCGAAGCGUGUCGGUCAGUCGGUGUUCCAGUAAUUCUUAACUUGCGCGAGGGUUACGACCACUCUUACUACUACAUAUCCUCGUAUAUUGGAGAACAUUUCGCCUUCCACGCCAAAAUACUCAAAGCUUAAAGGUAACCUGUUGGCUUAGUCAAUAUUGUGAAAUGCAUUUUGAAAUGUUUUUAUUUUUGCAAUAAAAUUGUUAACUAUUUUAA